AUGUCAACCUUUUCCGAGGAGUCUCUUGUGAAGCGCUUGAAGGAGCUCAGUCCAACCCAGCAGGGGAUCGAGACAUUGAGCUUGUGGCUCAUACAUCACAGAAAACAUCACAAACGAAUCGCGGAAGUUUGGCUCAAGGUUCUUCUGGAAUUGGAGAAAGCCUCAAGAAAGCUGAACCUGCUGUAUCUCGCGAAUGACGUGAUCCAGAAUAGUCGGAGGAAGGGUCUGGAUUUCCCAACCUCUUUCAUCGAUCCGCUCAAUGCAGCGUUCCACCACAUCUUCGGAAAUCAUCCCACUGAAAGCAAGGUUCUCGCUGCGAUAGAGCGAACGAUUUCAAUUUGGAAACAGCGCAAAAUCUACGAUGACUCCGUACUCUCAAGCUUCGAGAAGCAUGCGCGAAAGAUCAAACAUGAUCCGUCUGACGAGAAACAUCCUAAGAAGAUCGGAGACUCGACCUUUCCGCAGCAGUCCGGUAUUACACCGUCGCCGUCUAAGAAGGCGAGACCGAACAGUCCCUUCAGUGAAAACAUGGAUCUCCUGGAGAAGAUCAACGAAUUCCAAAAACAUAAGGUCGAGUACGACAGUGAGCCUACGAGCGAUUCGAAGGUGCCAGAUCAUGCUGAAGUCAUAAGAGCGAUCCUGGCCCUCGAAAAUGCUCCAUCCGCCGACGCUGCGAUAAGAGAGAAAAUCGCAUCGCUUCCCCCGGAAGUUCGGGAUGUGGCAAUGCUCGAGAAAAUUCAGGACCAGGCUACGCUGAACAAGCUUAGAACUCAGGUGGAUGAGGCUUGUGAGCUCCUGAAGAACUACAAUGGCGACUUGGACAAAGAAAUCUCAGAUCGAGGAAAAUUGGCAAAUCUCCUUCACGACUUUCGCAAGUACAACAGCGCGAAGAUCAUGGACCUAGUCAAGGAGCUCGACACCUACAAACAGAAGCUUCAGACAGCUGUUCAGGUCCGUGAUGAAGUCAGACGGCAUGCUAACAAGCUACCCGAUAUGACUAAACUACCGAAUGUCACCCAGGGACGUCUCGUUCCUUUACCGACGGCUGGCGAUCUCUUCACCAAAUAAGAGGGGCGAUGUAUCUACCUACAUGCUAGAAGUGUACACAAUUGUGAUUUCGCUGAACUGAGUUUUGAAGUGAGCUAUCUCAGUUGGGCUGAAUGAAGUAUGAGACCUCCCCGAGAUGAUCGAGUAGGAACGUUCCAGAGACACCUAAAACUCUGGCAACUGAAUCCUGUGUUGAUAAGGAAUGAAUCGAGCGAAUAAAUAAUUGAAACGA